CACGCGUGCUGGUACGUACACAUGUGUACUUACCCACAAGUCACACCAGUAGGCGUGGCUUAACACUUGCAGCUCCACAAUUGUAGUACAGUACACUCCCUUAACUGAGCGUUACGUCAAGAUGCUGCAUGUACUUUCAGUGCUCACGGUGACGUCCAUCGGUUUGCUGCAUUCUGCGUUCGCAGCAGUCGAUUUCGGUAACUGCACGUUUGAGACGGAUUUCUGCCAGUGGACACCAACCGGAGGCGAUGCAACUCGAUCAUGGACGCUGAGCUCUCCCGACCAGCUGCUAUAUUCACAUCGGUUUAUUCCAAACAUCACGCAAGGAAUGGUGGCUGCAGUUAUUCGCUUUUCUGAUAUGAAAUAUUCAUAUCACUCAUUGUAUCUGGAAAGUGUGGAAUUAACUCCAUCAGAUGGUGUGUGUGGUAUUGGAUUUUUCUACACUAAUACACUAGACUUGGGUGAAUUCUCUCUAUACACGAAUAUAUCGGGAAGGUUAAUGAAGUUGAAGAAGUUUGGCUCUACUUAUGCGCUCUCACCAGACUAUUGGAAGAGAGAGGUGAUUGCAUUGAGUGUUAAGAAACCGUUGAGGCUGAUAUUUGAGAUGAAAUUGUCAUUGAAUGGUAAUGGAGAGGUUGGGAUAGACAACGUUCAAUUUUUUCCCUGUAAAGCAGUCUGCGAUUUUGAAUCUGGUUAUUGUGGAUGGAUAAAUGUCAACGAAGUGGGGUACUUUCCUUGGACAAAUCAAACAGGGUCAACACUUUCAACAGGAACUGGUCCUAGCUAUGAUCACACAUAUGGCCCAUCAAGCACAUCAGGUCAUUAUUUAUAUGUGGAAGCAACCGACACCAAUCAGGCAGUCAGUAGGAGAGAAACAGCAAUCUUGAGGAGAAACAUUACAUUUGAUGAUGUUUGUUUGUUAUCAUUUGCGUAUCACAUGUAUGGGAGCAACGUGGGCUCGUUGACAGUCACUGUGGAGGAUUCUAACACGACGACUGUAGUGUGGCAAGAAUCAGGAAGUCAGGGAAGCAAAUGGUUAACUGCGUCCGUUGUUGUUGGUUUGUAUAUCAACAGUGGAGCAAAUAUGCUUGCUAUCACUGCACAAACAAGCACUCAUUUCUCAAGUGAUAUUGCAAUUGAUGAUGUUCAGCUGCUGCCAUGUCCAGAGACUGGGUUAUGCACAUUUGGAGAGGGUUUGUGUGGCUGGAGAAAUGAUGAUGAAAACCAAGCACAGCUCCAGUGGAAGAUCAUGAAAAACAAGAAACUUUCUAGCAAUAUCCUGGUAGCAAGCUUCUCAUCAUCUGAUAUUCCUGAUGGAGACUAUGCUGUACUACAGAGUCCUUCCACUUUUGUUGGUGAUGGGGUUUGCUCUUUGAGACUUCAGUGUGAGGCAUCUGUGACACUGAACAACAGCAAGAUGCAGUUACGGCUUAUUGAUGCUGUCACAGCAGGACAAAUUGUGUUAGCAGAUUUGUUGGGUUUGCUGCAUCAGAAAGGUAGAGGGAAAGCUCAGUUUGUUGAGGUCGACGUGUCCAACUCGUCUGGUGUUCUUGUUGUUUAUGCUGAGAAAGCUAAUGGAGAGAUGGGAUCAAUAAGUUUACACAGUCUGGAGUUUCUGUCAUGUCGCUAUACAACGUUUGAACUCAAACAGCAGUACAUUAUCUGGCAAGAUGCAUCAAUCAGGAACACGUCAUCAUGGUCUCUCCAAACUGCCAAACAAACUCAACUUGAUCCACAUCAAUCAAUCACAAGCGAUCACACAUAUCUACAAUACAGGCAACUUGGUCACUACAUGCUGCAUGUUGCAAUGGUCCCACAAAAACCUGCAACUCUAGUGGCAACAGUGGGUGAGAGCAAUGUUUGUGGAAUACGUUUCUGGCUUUAUGUGAGUGAGCCCAUGAGCCACAAGCUUGGCAUUAUUGCUACACUUCCAGAUGGCUCUUCGCGACAACUUUAUGUCAGCAAGAAUGAGCAGAGUUUUGAGAGAAUUUGGCAAUACAGAGAGGUGGCUACAGAAACUGAUCUGUUUGGCAGUAAAGUUGGUCUUGUUUCAACUCGUGGGGGUCACGUUACUACGGCAUCUCUGUUGGCAAUUGAUGAUAUUCACCUCACAGAGUGUGCAGAUUUUAGAUCUUGCACAUUUGAGAAAGGCCUGUGUGGUUGGCUUCCUUCUCAAGCUGCUUCUCAAGCAGCAACAUGGAUCCGAUGGAGAGGCUCCCCCCUGCAACCAUCAUCUAACCUAACAAGCGACCACACAACACAAACACCUCAAGGUCACUACCUUUACAUGACGACAGAAACCACCACGAAUACACAGCACACUGCCAUACUGCAAGGCAUUCCACUGACAUCAAAUGUGUGUGGCAUCAGCUUUUGGUAUUACAUUGAAGGCAAUGCUUCUCUCACUUUAACUUUCCACAUUGAAGUUAAAUCAGUCAAUAUUUCUACAUUUUCUCAAGACACUCCUGAUAGCCAUUCGUCAAAUGAAAACUUGUUGUGGCAUUUUGCGAGCACACUAACGUCGUUGACAAAAACUAUUGGGCAUUUUGAGUUUCACGCCGUGUCACAUGAUAUGACGAAUGCAUUCACUGUGGCUCUGGAUGACGUCACAUACAUUGCUUGCUCUUCUGAUUUGUAUGCAACUGUUACACCAAAAGCAACAAAAAUGACAUCAACUGUUACACCAAAAGCAGCAACAGUGAGAUCGAGUUUGAGAUCAGUUGAAGGUGCAGACACGACAAAGAGGUUGAAGUCGACUCUCGAUUCGAAUCAAAUUGUGAGAAGUUUUAGUACCAAGAAAGAUGGUGAUAUGAAGACAACGUUGAUUGGAACUGAAGCAAGUGAACGAUUUUUUGGAAGAGUGAGUACAAGUGAGGAGCCUUCAGUUAGGGCAAACACCUCGGAAGAAAGUUCAUCCAUUGGUGUGAUUGUUGGAGCUGUUGUUGGCAUUUGUGUACUCGCAGCUCUAGUUAUCGUUGCUGUUCUAUUUUCUAGAAAAUAUUAUCAAACUAAAAGGCACUCUGUGACAGCUGGAAAUGAUGUGCAUCUAGUACCCAAUCCUCUAUACCACAAGGAGUUUUCCAGAGACAAUAACAUACCAAUAGAGCACAUUUGUGUUGAUCCUGACUUCUCCAAGAAAAAUUGUUUACAAGAAGAAGUGAUAUACAGCACCAUCAAUGAGCAAAAAGAAACAUCUGAAAAAUCCCAUUCAGGCAACCAGUAUGAAGUCGUCAUCUCUAUGCAAAUGGGUAAACGAGAGAGUGCCAAUGUUUUGUAUCAGUCAAGUGAGCAGCGUGAUUCUAGAAAAAGCAGGGCGUCAGAGAAUGUUCUGUAUGGAGUGAAUGACGAAGACCAAGAAAUGGCUGAAGACUGAAUCACCGAUGAAUACGACGACGCACCAAUCUGUGAAAUAUCAAUAUUAAUAUUAAUAUCAAGUUAUUUUUAAUUUUAUAGCUCACUAACAUUUUAGGAUAAAUUCGCGUUGUAAAUAUAUUUUUACACUAGUUGUCUGGACUGCGAGGUUCGCUUAUUGAAAUCAAUUAAAAGUAAGUAUG